AUGAUGGAAAGAAUAAGAAAAGAGAUGAUUUUGAUGGAAAGGGGGCUGCACAGCCCCACGGCCGGCAAAAGGCUGGCGAAUCUGACCGAGGCGGCUGGGAACGCGGUCCUGGAGGCCCUGGAAAACUCGCCCCACGGCGGCCGGCUCAGCCCAAGACUAACUUCCGCUUCUCUGCACAGCUCCAUCGGGGACCUCCCGGCCGCCAAAGGCAAAUUCGAAAUCGACGCUUUAUUCAGCCUUCAGCACCAGAACAGCGAAAGCGCCGUAGCGGCAGAGCUGCCUCCCGCCGAAAGCAGGAAGAAAAUUAGCCAUUACUCAGAAGUGGCUGGAGAGGUAGACAUGAACAGCGACGUGGAGGUCGGCUGCUCCGCGCUUCGCUCGCCGACCAGCCUGGCCUCCUCUCUGAAGGAAAGCAAUAACAAAGGCUAUUCGGAGAGCAGUUCGACUCCUAGCACCACCAGCUCGUCUUCAGGAUCCACACUGAGCAACUUGCACAGCGGAAGCAGCCUGAGCAGUUCCAGCUCCGGGGCCGACCAAGUGAGGAGGUACCGCACCGCUUUCACCCGGGAGCAAAUCGCCCGGUUGGAAAAGGAAUUCUACCGCGAGAACUAUGUUUCCAGGCCUAGACGGUGUGAGCUGGCCGCGGCGCUCAACCUUCCCGAGACGACCAUAAAG